UCGUCUUUUAACUGUCUGUAUCUCCCUCCGGUGCAGACUGCGAGCAGCUGGUGAGGAAGAUGCUGGUCCUGGACCCGGUGAGGCGGUACACGGUGGAGCAGAUCAAGCGGCACCGCUGGAUGCAGACGGAGGAGCCCCCGAGGGUGGCGCUCGACCCGCCCGCCGCCAAGGCCGAGCGCACCACCGACCCCAACGAGCAAGUCCUCAGGGUGAUGCAGGAGCUCGGCAUCGAUGUCACGAGGACGCGGGAGUCCCUGCUCACUGAAGCGUACGACAACUACACUGCCAUCUACCUGCUCCUGCUAGAGAAGCUUAAGCAGCAUCGGUCAUCGUUGCACAGUGAGAAGCACACAGGGCUGGAGCAACAGCAGCGGCGGCGGCCAUCCAGCGUGGCGGAGGCGGCUAUGAGGAAGAUGUGCGCAACAGGACCCUCGGGCAUGGGGUCGCCUAUGGCUGCACACCUCUACACAAGCCCUAUCUCAGGUUCCUCAAGCAGUCCCCUUGGGAGCGUCAUGUCCGGCACAGCCGCAACAGAGACCACCUCUGCCGGUGUCAUCGGCCCCCUCAUCUCUCAGGACAUGCUGAUGGCCAGACCCCAUGGCCACACAGGCAGGCUGCUUCCAGCCAUCCCAGGCGAGCAGGGCAAUAUUCCAUUUAGCACCAUGUCAAAUUUUCAGAGUAUGGCGCCGAGGGAGGGCCUGGGUGGGGGCGUGACUGAGGUGGAGGGUGCGGCGACAAGUGUCACGCCCCAUGUGUCGCCACCCUUCAGAGAAUCAAGCCAGGAAUCACAGUCUGAAUUCCUUACAGGGUACCAUAGCACAGUACCCGUGAGCAUGGGUAUUCCAGUGGCUCUGAUUGGCAAGAGUUACAGAGAGAAUGAGACUGGUGCCUCCACUUCCAUAGAUGAGGGUGUAGAAGCAGACAUGUGUGACUCAGAAUGCAGUUCAAUUGUUGGAAUGACUCGCAGAGACCACUGUAUGUUGCAGAAUAUUAAGAGUGCCUCACAACAGUCUUCAGAAGCCUCUCAAGGUACAGAUUCUCCACUUGGUAGUGUGACCAGCACAGAAUCGACGUUUGAAAGCUUCGAGUCCCAACUGGAGCCGGAUUUAGCGGCUUCUCUUUCCUCAUGUUCUCAUGCGUCCCUGACUGCGCGGCCAUCACUGCCUGGUGCAACGCAGCUCCGAGCCAUUCAGCCCCAAACACAGCUGGACCCAAGCACUGAGACGACGGAGAGAGCACACACAAGAUCCCCCGUCAACUUCCGUGAGGGUCGCCGUGCCUCAGAUGGGCUAGUGACGCAAGGAGUCAUUGCAUUCCGCCAAAGACUAAUUGACACUGAGAAGGCAAGAGGCUUGACGGAGCUUCACAGUGUCCAGCAAGAGCACCAGGCACUCACGUCACUGUACCAGGCAGCAGCUGUUACAGGAAGUGAGGAGACAACGGCACGACAUCACUACCAGUAUCAACAGCAACAACACUAUCAGUACUGUCGUCAGUGGAGACACUCAUAUGCUGGUUCUGAUGAGAUGAGUCGAGCACCUCUGGUCAGGCAAAGAGUGUCUUUGCCAGAUACACUCAGUUUUACUACUCAGAAGCUACUUGCCAAAGAUAAUUCUAAAGAUUCUGAUUAUACAGUAACUAAACCCCUUCAGCAACAGCUAUUCCAACACAGACUUCAGCAAAAGCGCCAGAUACUGCAGAAGCAGGCAGCAUUUCCCAGACAGUCUUUUCCUGUAGGUUGUGAGCUUUCAAGGAGACAGAUGGUUAGACAAGCAUCUUAUAAAUUAGCACAACAACAGCCAGUGCUUCCUCCUCUGCCUGCUGAGCUGAGUGCAGCACACCUCCUGGCAGGUCUUAACCAGGCAGACUUGGCAUGUCCUACCAUUGCUGAACAUGUAGGCAUCACAGACCAAGAAGAUGAGGGCUGGGAGGCAAACCCAGCUUGGCGGAACCUGUCAUCUUGGAACCCUGAAACUGCAGCCAACUGGCAGACACUUCCUUCCACUUUUGCAGCCUGCCAGAUCAGCGAGGCGCAGCAGUCACAACCGCCCAUUUCCAGCACAGACACCAGAACUUGGCCAGGGCUUCAGGCCUGGCAUGGAGGAUGGCAUCAAGGAGGUGGAGCUGUAGGAGCAGCACCUUGGCAGCCUGUUGUUGGUACAAGUAUUUUACCACAAACUGUAUGUGAAAGCCCAAUCCUUGAGAUGCCCGAACACAUGGAAACUUGAGACUGACAGUGUUCUCAAAGACAGUUUUUAUAGUGCAGUCAUGGUAAUCAUUUUACCUGAAUAACAUGAAAAGGAAUCCCCUGUGCAGACUGGUAAGGCUUUUUAUGGACCACCUCAUAAACUAUCUAGACAAAAAGGACAUAGAAUAUAUGAAGGGGAGGAAAUUUGUGUGUAAUGCAGACCUUCAUAGUAAAGUGAAAGCCUACAGUCUAAGGAUUCAUGGUCUGAUUUCCCGGGAGAGACACAGGAACCCUAACCAAUGCUGGCUGGACCAGACUAAAGAACACUAGAAAACUAGAAGUCCAAAACCUGAGCUUAUUGAACUGGAAGAAGCCCAGGUACCCUCACCCAGGACAGCUGGACACAGAUCUGCCUGGUUAUAUGUGUAUGUGCAUAGUCUGAUUUCUGCCUGCUAUAUUAGAGAACCUUAGGGGCCCAGGAAGCGUUGGCCAAGCUGGCUGGACCAGAUUUAAAGGGACCCAAGUAGUCUUAUCACAAAUGUCCGUAGUACAGAUCUUCAGUCAUUAAAAAAAUUUAAUCAUGCACUGAGCUCCCUUGAGCUGUUAUACUGAUAUAUCAAAGACCAGUUAAGGAAUGCAGAAAAGUAGAUUUUUUUAUUGUGUUAUAUGGCUAAAAUAGACAGAUUUUGUUCUAGUUCUAAUUUAUAGCAGGUAAAGCAUAAGGUAUCAAGAUUUCCAUGGUUAUUGUGAUGAAGACAGACCAAAGAUAGGAUGUUAGCAGAGUAAGAGUUGCUGGACAUAAAUGGAAGGUGUUAAAGGGAUUAUUUAUUUUAAAAGAUAAUAUAUAUGAACAAGACAUUCCACAUAUAUUCGAACAAAAGAAAAGGGAAGAACAGCAGAACAAGCUCAGUGUUGUUCACUGGCAAGUAGAACAUCAGAGCACUGUACAACCAGCCAGAGAGACAUCAGUGUAAAGUGUAAAAAUGCGAGUGUGAGUAAUUUAAUUUUCACCAUAGUAUGUACUUUGUGGUGACACAGUAGACUCCUCCCCCACCAAACCAUCAAGUUUGAACAUGAAGCAUUUUGAGGGAUGGCUCCAGCUACCUAGAACACGUAAGAGUGCCUCUCAUCCAUUCUUCAUAGGUUUUAAUCAACAGAAUAACACUACAGAUGUCUCAUCGUGUCAGCCUUUGAAAGAUAAGAGUGAAGUUCAUAUAGAACAAAGAUGUCUAUAUUAAGGAUUGUUGUUUUUUUGUGUAAAGGGUUUUGGACAUAUUGAUAAUCCUUUUUUCUAUUUUUUGAAUUGGGAAGUUUUUGAAUAAGGGGGUAAACAACAGUUUCAAUUUUAUUUAUAGGUUUACUUUUAACCACACUGUUAGUGUUAACUACUGAUGUUAGAAUAAAAAAAAAUUUAAUCUGUUAUCAUUAGAGAAGGAAAUAUAAUGCACUUGAAUAGUGAUCAUAAUUAUUGUAUUAAUAGAUUUAAAUUUCAAUUAUUGGGAUGUAAACAUUCAUUGAUAACACAGUGUGAAUUUUAUUUGAUAUAUUUGUUAAACAGUGUGGAUUUCUUUGUGAAAGAACAGCUCAUGGUUGUCCCCAAAGCUCAAGUUUUUAAACCACAUAAUUUUCUUCUGCAAAUACCAUGAUUAAUACAUCUGAUGCAGAAGAUGUGAUAUGUGAUAAUAUAUUGCCAGUAAAGGCUUUUUUAAAUUGGCUUGAAAGAUGUGCUAAUUGUGAUAAGCAUGAGAAAAGAGGGUUCACAAAAUGUGCAGGCUGCAGACACUGCCAGGGAAGUUAGUGUAUGAUCUUAAAGGAAAAAUCACAUCUCAGGAAGACUCUCAUUGCACUGUUGCAUGAGUCUCUGCUAGUCAUAAAUGCCUGAUGCAACUACUAUACUGAUUAGGAAAGUGACUUUUAACUGAAAAAGUAUGCUAAAGGUAAAA